AUGGAUCCCCACCUACGAAAUUUGAUCUGGAGUGACAUCGAAUACAGACUCUUCGAGUUUGUUGAUCGCUUUCCUUUGCCUCAAAUUGUCAAAGUGCAAGAAGGUUACUAUGGCCCAACUGAAGACUCAUGCAUUGGGGCCGAACAGAUCCUCACGCUACAUUGCGUGAAAACUACAGAGAAAGUUUUAGCUCGAGACAGAAAGAAACGAGAGCUUCAUAUUCCUUUGAACUGUUCACAGAAGGUCGAGCUUCGUCCCGCCGAGUUCAGAGGAAUUUACGAAACCGUGGAGGAAAUUAGUAGAAUUCCAGCGAGAUUUGUAAGGGUGACCCAAGGGUAUUAUCUGGAAGAAGAAGCAGUGAGCCUGAAUCCCGGAGAUAAACUGGAAGUGAUCCGCGUGGAGCAUGGAAUGGGAGGGAAAGAGGACUGUGUCGUGUUCCUUACUGAAGAGCGCAACCCCAUUCGCUUACCUUUUAGUGUCAGUGCUGGAUUCCAGUCCCUGCUUGAUGGACGGGAGUACUAUCUGAAGGAGCUAAUGAUGUCGUCAUUUAAGCUGCCAGUCUACUUUCAGUUCACUGAACCACCUUCUAUCACUCGAAGAUCAAGUGAGGGUGUUUUUAACACAUCACUCGGGGUGCUGUCAUUUGAAAAAGUGUACCAAGAUUCUACCAUUAUUUGCACUACUAAAGAAGGUAGCGUUAGAACAGUGGUCAGCUGCCCCAAAAAUCUUCCAGUCACAAUCAAUGUGGCUCGUGGGGCACUGUCAGAUGACAAGGAUUAUGUCCGCAUUUGUCGCUUGUUUCACGAUGGGGUCAGUCUUUUGAAGAUUGAGAACAUGGAGAUACAGAACAUUUAUGCAUCGAGGAACACCAUUAGGGAGUAUGAGUAUAUUGCAGAUGAUUCAUCACCACCCCCACCUGUUCCUCUCCGUGAAAGUGCAGAGAACUCUUCUUCAUCCAGUAGUCAGGUACCUGAAGCAAGUAACUCUGAUUCUGGUGAUGACAGCCAUGAAUACACUUACAUCGACGAACCUGUGCCAGACAAAUCCACCCUUUCCCAAGACCUGAAGCCAAAUGGUGUCCUACCAUCUGAUGGUAAGGCUUCAGCAGAAAUGGUGAAUCUUGAUAAAAAUCUGGAUAAAGUGGCUAUCAAUCAUGAUGAUGAAGAUGAUGAUGCCUACCAAAAUUAUCCUCCUCCUGUCAUGAAAGGUGUUGAACCAACCACAAAUAAAGAGCCUGUCAAACCUCCACGAAAAUCAAAAGAGGCAGCACAACAGAGUCCUAAAGAGAAUAAGCCAGAGGUAAAAAAGAUCCCACCAGCUAUCAAGCCAAAGCCACCUUCAAUAAAGGCCAAGCCAAUGGGGAAGCAGAAUGAGAAAGAGAAACAGUUUGUUGUACCAGAUGAUCUCUCCCAAAUGUCCAUAAGAGAAGUGUCCCAAUUUUUGAGAAAUUACAGUUUUGAAAAUUUUGUGGAAUUAUUUGCUGAAAAUGAGGUGGAUGGUGACCUCCUUGUCAAUCUGACUGAGGAGGAGCUUAAGGCACUGGGGCUGAAUGCUUUUCAGUGCAAGAAAAUAUCAAGACUUGUCAAUGGAUGGAGACCUAAAAAGUAA